UUAUACCUUUCCAUCUCAAUCUCUCCUGCUUACCAUUCUGGUAUUUCUCACUUUCCUCACCUGUCAUUUUCUCUCUUAUUGUUAUUUUCUCACUCCUUCUUUCUAUUCCCAUCUCUAUUAGUCUCUCCAUCCCUUUAUUGCUUUCAGUCCUAUCCCUUCCUCAAUCUCUCUCUCGCUGAGUCUGAGUCUUUUUCUCUGUCUCAGUCCUCCCUUCCACACCCCAAUCCCUUUCUCUCUCCCCCUCUAUCUCACUCUCUUCCUCUAUCUCUCAGGGAGCCAGGAGGCAGUUGCUGUGGCUCCAGGGGCUCGUGCGGGGAGGUUCUGUGCCGCGAGCCCGGCCGGUCCCGUGCCAGUCUGUCUCCCUCCGCCCGGCCGCACUCAGCACCGCUGCAGGAAGGGGAAGGGGCUGGAGGCCUCAGGCUUUCAGCGGAGCUCGGAGACCGCGGCGCCGGGGUCCGGAGAGCGGAGAGUCCGAGGCUUCGAGCACGUGAAGCCACUCUGCAGAAGAUUGAAGUUAUUAUCAAGGAACAGUUUGCAAUGGAGAUGAAGAACAAAGAGCAUGAGAUUGAGAUCAUAGAUCAGCGCCUGAACGAAGCCAGAAGAAUGAUGGACAAACUUCGUGCCUGCAUUGUGGCCAACUACUAUGCGUCGGCUGUGCAGCCCAAGAUUACUGAGGGUCCAAAACCAUAUGAUCCUACUGUCUUUAAUCACCCAGUCAUCAAGAAAUUUCUAGAAUCUCCUUCCCGGUCAUCUUCCCCUGGCAAUCAACGAUCUGAAACUCCAUCAGCCAACCAAUCAGAAACAGAUUCCGUCACUCAUCAAGCAGACACCUUUCUGGACAAAGAGAAUGAGCAGGAACAGCCCACUGCAGCAAGUGAGGACAUGCAAACUUUCAGAUCCGAGAAAAGAGCAGGGAGGAACACUGGCCAGGAUACCUUUGGAGUCCCAACCCCACAGGAGAUAGAACAGAGGUAUACCUACCUCACCACCAGUGAAGAUCCAUCGCGCCUUUACAUCAAGAAGACAAUUGUCGUUGGCAAUGUUUCAAAGUACAUUCCCCCAGACAAGAGGGAGGAGAAUGAUCAGUCCACCCAUAAGUGGAUGGUUUAUGUGCGAGGUUCACGGAAAGAGCCCACAAUUGAUCAUUUUGUGAAGAAGGUCUGGUUCUUUCUGCAUCCCAGUUAUAAGCCAAAUGACCUGGUGGAAGUCAGUGAGCCACCAUUUCACUUGACCAGACGAGGCUGGGGUGAAUUCCCUGUACGUAUUCAGAUCCACUUCAGGGACCUGCGCAACAAGAGAAUAGACAUCAUUCACCAGCUGAAGCUGGAUCGAACCUACACUGGCUUGCAGACACUUGGUGCAGAAACAGUGGUUGAUGUUGAACUGCACCGUGACUCUCUUGGCGAGGACUACCUUCCCACAGCUCUGGCUCCUUCUGGCUCCUCUACUGUGCUCCUUUCAUCAUCCUCCUCUUGCUCCUCCUCCUCCAGCAGAACACCUCAGUCUGUCACCCCUUUGCAACCUGCAAUGGCCUCCACUCCCCCAAUGACAUCAGCAGGAGCAGUGCACAUGUCUCUAGCUACUUUGAGUUCUGCCACUGGAAAGCAGUUGCACGACUCUCUGGGAUUUACUUCAGAAAAAGUUAAGUUGGAAGUUCCUGUUAAAAGUGAAGUGGGACUGAGCAGUCACUCAGGACAGUCUUCCCUGGAGCGUACACCAACCAGGCCAGUGGCCACUCAGAAGGUCACGUUUGGAACUCAUGGAAACUCAGCGUUCCAACCAAUCACAGCCAGUUGCAAGAUUGUUCCUCAGGGGCAGCUUCCCAGCCCUUCUGAUUCUCCAGGGAAGUCCUUCCAGCCCAUUACCAUGAGCUGCAAAAUCGUGUCAGGAUCGCCAAUCUCAACUCCGAGUCACUCUCCUUUGCCACGUACCCCAACCUCUACGCCUGUACACAUGAAGCAAGGAUCAUCUGUCUCUGUAAUAAGUAAUCCCUACAUUAUAGUGGACAAACCUGGACAAGUGAUUGGAGUGUCAACAUCAAACACAGCAGGGAGCCCCACGACAAAGCAGACAGGCAUUUCACAAGGGGCCCGGUCACCCAUCCCCAAAAUACACGGCAGCAGCUUCAUCACAACGGCUGUGAAGCAACUGAACAUAACUAUUGUCUGGAAAUGCAAGUCUGUACACUGGAGAUUGGAGAUGGCACAGGUCGAUCAACAAUUAUUGGAAAUACAGUGGGCUGGAAGUGGCUGUAUACAGGUUAAACAGCAGGAAGAUGCACUUUUUGCAGCUAUGCCCCCGUUGUGCCCCAUUGGAAGCCAUUCCAAGGUUCAAAGCCCUAAACCUGUGACUGGGGGUCUCGGAGGCUUCACCAAGGUCAUCAUCAAGCAGGAACCAGGGGAAACAGUGGCUCAGCAGUCAGGAGUCACAGCUGUGUCUACGCAGCAGGCUGUGCAGCAGUUUGUGACUGUGAAGGGUGGCCAGGUGAUUGCAGUUUCUCCACAGAAACACAGCAGCGGACUUGGGACAGGAGUUACCCAGACCAAGGUCGUUGGGAUCCCGGUGGGCUCGACCUUGCAGCCAGUGGUGAAGCAGGCAGUGGCACUCAGUGGCGGACAGAUAAUUGUUGCCAAACCAGGCACCACCGUAGCCCGGGCUGUCAGUCAGAAGCAGAUUGUGGCGCAGGGGGUGGCGAAGGCUGUUGUGAGUGGAGCAAGCGGAACCAUUGUUGCAGCACCCGUGCAGGCAGUCACCAAGUCUCAGAGUUCGUCCACUGUGCAAAAAUCAGGUUCACAAGGCUCGGUUAUGGCAACGCUACAGCUUCCAGCCACCAACUUAGCCAACCUGGCCAAUCUUCCCCCAGGGACCAAACUCUACCUAACAACCAAUAGCAAGAACCCCUCCGGCAAAGGAAAGCUGUUGUUAAUACCUCAGGGGGCCAUCCUUCGUGCUGCUAACCCAGCAGCAGCACAGCAAGUGCAGGGAGCAUCAACAGGCACGACUGGCAGCAUCCAGGGAACAGUAGUUAGUGGAUUACCCCAGCAGCUGGGUUACACAUCGUACAUCCUUAAGCAAACGCCACAGGGCACUUUUCUGGUUGGCCAGCCAGUCACUCAGGCCUCUAUGAAGCAUGGACCUGCUAGCUCUGUGGCAUCUGGCGUAGCAGUGCAGGGACCAUCUUCUACAAGCACCCAACAGCAGGCAAUCAGAGUCUCUGCUACACAAAAAGCAGUGUUUGCACAGGUUGUCCCCAGUGCCCAGGCGUCCUCUCUGCAUUCAGCUGCCGUUUCCUCACUCGUCCAUUCUCCCUCACCUGACGGAGCAGCAAGGCCACUGUCUGUAGCGUCUCCUCUCUCUCAGCCUGGCACCACCACCCUGCGGGUAGCUGGAGGGGUCAUUACGACGGCCAGCCUCUCAACACCAGUAUCUGGAACAGCACCAGCAACCGUAGGAACUGUGGCUCUGCAGUCAGAAGUGAAGGGCUCCAGCCCUCCUGUGAUUCCCGCUGUGUCCACAGCAAAGGCCUCAGGCCAGCAGCCCUCCGUGCAAGUAUCCCAUGCAGAGCCCAGCACCACCCUGUCGCCUUCUGUUGUUUCUGUUGGCUCACACACAACCCACGUGGUGGUUUCGCAGCCCAGUGCUGGGGGACCCAGCAAGACCAGCAGUUCAGCUAGCUCUAGUGUGGCCUCCUUUGCAUCCAGUUCCAUUGCUGGAACGAGCACAACAAGCGGAAAAGCCACACCAACAGUAUCAGUGAAAGCUGAGCCUGUUGCUGCAGGUGCUUGCUUCAGCCCCAUGAUACCCACAGCAAGCACUGUGAAAGUGGAGCAAGGAGGAUUGGAUGGGCCAUUUGAAAUUAUUGAUCUUGAAUACAUUGAGAAUGUACAGCAGCUACUGACUGCCAUCCUGAAGAAGGUGCCUCUGAUUGCUCCCAAAAAGCAUGAGGACUCCAACCCAUUUUGUGCUACGUCUCUGGAGCAGUAUUACAGCUGGAAUAUCGGGAAGCGGAGAGCUGCAGAGUGGCAGCGUGCAGUAGCUGUAAGAAAGAUCCUGCAGGAAGUGAUGGAGAAGUGCCCACGGUUCAGCAACACAGACAUCAUGAAGACUAAGCAAAUCAUGUACUGGUGUCGGCAGCGUGGGUACACCCCCCCUGACCCAGAGACCGCUGUCACCGAAGAGGAUUCAAUGGAAGAUAUACUGACGCGAAUCGACAAUGAGCCAGAGUGCCCCUCCACAUACACCAUAGCCGGUGAGCUCUGUCAAAGGCUCAUGGAGGUGGAGGCCAUUUUGAAAACAGAGCCUGAGAGCGAUGAAGAGGUUGACAUCAUUGGCACAGCUGAGUCUUCUAAAGUGACAGUCAAGAAAGAACUGGAGGAGGAGGAUGAAGAGGUCAAAUUCUACAUGGGCCUAUUGCCAGCCAUGGAGUAUGCCAGAGACACAGCCCAGCAGAUUGGUGUUACGAUUGAACCUGUUGAGGUGGAGAGCCAUGUCUAUGCCCCGGUGAUCGAAGAAAUGAUCAUAAAGGCUGCUGAACUGUUUGUAAGUGACAUCCUUCGAGAGUCUUUGGGAAUCGCAUACCAGAGCACUCCCCAUAAAAGAAUGCCCAAAGAACUGAGUGUAAUCAACAUGCACCAAGCCAUCUGUAACAUCCCUGUCUGCGACUUCCUCACCAACAAGUACAUGGGCAUGCUGGCUACUGAACAGACCCCGCAGCAGGAAUUAUGAAGGGCUUCACACUCCUUCCUUUCCAUUGAAGACAGGGACUUGGCAAAGCCGCUGUUACGUUGACAGAUCACUGCAGCCUUUGUGCCCACGAUGGUGAGGGUGAUACUACGUGAUACUACACCAAUGCAUGUUGUUAACUCUCGUCGUGGAGCUGCAGAAGCUUCCAGAAGUAGUGCUCCUGUUUGGAGCUGGCUGUUGCCAGGGGUUGGUUAGGAGCUAGAGCAGGAAUAUUUUUAUGUUCAUUCAGGCAGCUGGAAAAUGACAAAAUACUGGCACUGCACAUUUUUGUGUCUUUGGAUUGGUGUGUGAUGGAGAAAACUGGAUUAAUGACAUACUUACACUGUGACGGAGGACUUAAGUCGAAACCAUCUCGCUUGAAUCUAAACAGCUCACACCUCUGGUCCAAAUAAUGUCAUCCCAUUGACAGAAGCAGCUUGUUAUUAUUAAAUGUUGAUUUGUUAAAAAAAGGUACCUCACAGUUUUGAAAUUCCACACCAUGCUUCAAGCCCUUUACAGACGGAAAUUAAACAGCCCAUCAGUGGCAGCAGGUAUUACGGUUUCAUCUCCGCAAUCUCCCAUCCACCACCUCACCUUGAGCGAGGGCAGUAAUAUAAAGGCCUGGCUCUCCCUGACAGGUCUACUUGCUGCCCUCACGCAGCCAGCUCUACAGCACCACCAACAGCUGAAAGCAUGUCAUCACCAUCGACCCCUCCCACUACCCUGGCUUUUGGGGAGGGCUGACUAUAUCUUUGGGACAGAGAUGCCCAGAUCAGCUUUAUCUUCAAAGCCAUCAUCAUCUCUACAGCUUGUUGAUGAAUGGCUCCAUUUCUGACCUCGCUCACCUGCGGCCAUUAUAUUUGUUGCUUGAGCUGUUGGUUAACUUGAUUAGAGAGUUGCGUUGGGCAGCACAGCCAGUUAGCUUGAAUAGCAAGGUAGAUUUUUAUGUCCAAAAGCUAGAUGGUUAAACGUUGCUGGAUAAGAUUUUAACCAAGCUGGAACAGUAAUGUGUUUAUUGUCCACCCUCUUUCUCCUUGUUCCUGAAGCUCAUCAGCAAGUUAAAAAAUCAGUUGAAUAAAAUCAAUUUGAAUUGA